CUUCAAUGAGUUUACCUGCUUUCGCUGGAUCCUCAAACAAUUGUGCCCUGUAUCCCGACACAGACCUUACAGAAGACGCGAUACACCACUAUGUACCAUCGCUGGCCUGCCUUUGUAUCCGUCAACUUACGUCGUAUCCAGAUCAAGUUUCCGGAGUCGCGUUAAACUACGCGCCUCCUCAGGACAACACCGAAUUUGAUAUUUUAAAGGCACUCAUACCUUCCUAUACUGAGGAUUCAUUCAACUUAUCAGUAGUUGACCCAUGUCUUUGGGCUGUUCUUGUCCAAAUCUAUGGCUUGUCGCUUCCCAAGAUUUUCCACACAUACCCUAUUGCUCUCGCAGAUACCCACCUUCCUCUUUUACAGAGUAUAUCCUCUACACCUACCUUCUCCCUUAUCACAAUUCUUGAACUACCCGGCUGCCCUCAGCUUACAGAUGAUACGUUGACAACUAUCAAGUCGCUUCACGCGUUAGCCGCCUUCGACGCGUCGGAGACUCUGAUCUCAUCUUGGGGAUUGAAAAAGUUGAUGAUGCCUGCACUUAUCAUUAGCGAUGCAGAAGACAUAAAAUCAUUGUCGAAAUCAGGCCCGCUGGGUCUUCGUAUCCUUCGUUUGCGAAAUUGCAAAGCUAUUGAUCACACAAUCUUCACAUCCCUCCAAAAACUGCUGUUUCUUUCAGUGAUUGAUUUACGCGGAACUAAUUGUGAUCCUUCGGCUAUUCCUUCGCCUUACAGUCAGUGGUCUUCCGCUGAUCUUGAAGAAUCAAUGCGUCGGUCGCUAUACCAUCCUACUCCUCUCACCGAAAGCAUAUCCUCAUUGCAGAAAUUGACUACCACACUCGCCUCCGCCACGACUACUUUCCAAAUUCACGUCGACUCAGUCAAGGGUCGCUCUGCACACCUGACAAAAGUCAACAGUUUUAUGGGAAAGUAUCAGACAUUUCCAGCUGCAGCCGCGGUAGAGAAGGAUUUUGCAUACAGAAAGCGACAUCCUCCUCGUACCCCAACUACAGUAGGAAUUCAAGAUGAAGCAUUUACAUUCACUUCAAACGCCAUAGUAUCACACCCUCCCCAGCCCCCGGAUGUGAAUCAGUCCGGGAACGCCGAACAAUUACCUGGCUAUAUGCACUCCGUAGCAGAACGAGAAUCGCGCCAGUUGGCUAAAGUCCGGAAGAUACGCAAUUUUUAUGCCUCUGCAACUGGUUUGUUUAGCCUCUCUGCUGUCACUAAGCAGAGAUAUUCUGCUGAAAAAUACUAUGCGGAGUAUGCUAUGCGAGAACAGCGCCGAGAAAGGUCUUCUUUACGCUCAAGCUCGCGCCGUGCGAUAGAUAAAGAAACGACGACUACCCAGUCUCCCUCAGAGCCUUUCCUAUUAAUGCUAUACCGUACUCCGCCGCCAUGGCAUCACGCAGAACCUCUUCCUCCCACUGCAAUGCAUCAUCAGAAAUCCAAUCGACCCCAGACCUCCCGCCCUGCCGAUGUCACGAAUGCUGCCACUGUCAAUAGAUCGCGUGUCAAACUGCAGAUGGUCGCAGACUUGCAAUUUAGUGUAGGUACUGCAGCACGCAAUAGAAGACUCGGAGAUCCAAUGGCUAAUUUCGAUGGGGUCAAAUCCUCUUACGAUGAAAGCACUAGACUCCGCAGCAAAGACGCCAUGACAACAGUCCAACCGAUUCUUCAAGGGAAAAAUCCUUUCAGGCGUUCGAAUACGGAAGCCACGGUCCAGUCAACUCUCUCCGAAGGUUGUUAUUAUCGAUAGCCACGGCACAGUCUAAACAGAAGCCACCAACGUACCCUAGACCAUUUCUGAAACCGAUAUCGAGCGUACGCGUUCCUGAACUUCCCCCGGAAGAGAUGAGAAAGCUGAAAGAAUCUAUGGUGAAGUAACCGCCUUCUGAUUUUAUAUCGAGAAAGUCUCUGCCAAUUGGAACAGAUAUUCGUCGACCGACAGCUGACGCUCUCAGCUCCCGCAAACGCAAUCCAGAUGGAAACUCGAAGAUGAUGCAGCUUCCAAAAGAUGGGAAAUCAUUCAGAUCCGGAAUGGGAACCAACGCAGAGCGCAAGAUGGUAUUUGAUUGGAAAUCCUGGGGAAGUACUUGAAUGACGUACUCUUACUUACUGUAUCGAUUAUACUGCUGCUUUUAUGUUCUUAUUUAUAUGUUGCUGUUGAAUGUUGCUGUAAUAAUGAUAUACAUAAAUGUUGACCCGCUU